AUGAUUUUGUAUUCUAACUCCCCCCCCAUCCUUGAUCGAACGAUUGACUGUAAAAAUUCCUAAAAAUUGGGGAAAUUAACCCCCAUCCUUGAUCGAAUGAUUUUCAUAUCAUGCAAAUUUUUAUAUAUAUAAAAAAUAUAUUAGUUAUCAAAAGCUUGGGAAGAUGUACCUAAUGAAGUUGCUGUCAGAGCUUUGAGACGACAGAAAGCUGCGGAAUCAACCAUUCGAAGUGAUUUAGUCAUCAACCUAGGCUUGAAAACUCAAUAAUCUAAAAAAUAGAGAUUCUUUAAAAUUUAAAAAAAAAAAAAUUUUUAAUUCAGUAAGUAACAAAUUAAAAUUUAUACAGUUUAAAAGGGUAACUAAUAAACCAAAAUAUUAAAAAUUAAUAUUUUAUGAAUUAAUUCAAUUUUUUGUAGUAAAAAUAAUUAUUAAAUACUCUUAACCCUCUUAUUUAAAAGUAAAUAAAAAAAAUAUAUAUAUAUAUUUUUUAUUUUAUAUAUAAUUUUUUUUUCCCGAAAAAAUUUUUUUGUUAACCCCCAUCCUUGAUCGAACGAUGGCGAGUCGUUCGAUCAAGGAUGGGGGGGGAGUAAGCUAAAAAUAUAUAGUAAAUGGCAAAGAAUUAGGUGCGUUAGAGUCACAUUCAAGGACACAAAAACCACAGAAAUGGAAUCAAGAGACCAAAGAAUCAGCUUUAUGAAUCACUUACUCCCUCCUAUUAUUAUAGAAUUCAUUUUUGUUCAUUGUUAGUUGAGGUAUAUCUCUUAAAAGUUUUUAAUAUUUUAAAACCAUUAUUUAUUGAAAAUUUAUAUUAAAAAAUUUUAAAAUAUACAAUAAAAUAAAAUAUAAUUUAAAACAAAAUAUUAAAGCUUACUCAAAGAUAACGUAGUAAAGGUUAAAUUAUUUUAGGUUUUCAAAUGUAGUUUUCUAUAAAAAUUUUUUAUCAAAAAUGGUGGCAGGCUGCAAUAAAUAGGGAGAAUUAGGAGUUGUGACUUGAAGCACAGAAACUCAACUUCAUGGCCUAAAUAUAAAAUAUCCUGCUUUACUCAAUCUAAAACCCUAUUUAGAUUACCUAUCUUAUACAAUUUAA